AUGGGAAGGCCUCCAUGUUGUGAUAAAUCCAAUGUGAAAAGGGGUUUAUGGACUCCUGAAGAAGAUGCUAAAAUUCUUGCUUAUGUAGCCAAACAUGGAAUUGGAAAUUGGACUUUGGUUCCAAAGAUAGCAGGGCUGAAUAGGUGUGGUAAGAGUUGUAGGCUAAGAUGGACCAAUUAUUUAAGACCUGAUCUGAAGCAUGAUAGUUUUACACCUCAAGAAGAAGAGCUUAUUAUUACCCUUCAUGCAGCUAUAGGAAGCAGAUGGUCUUUAAUUGCAAAAAGACUACCUGGAAGAACAGACAAUGAUGUCAAGAAUUAUUGGAACACAAAAUUAAGAAAGAAGCUUAUGAAAAUGGGAAUUGAUCCAGUAACUCAUAAGUCAGUUUCACAAGUACUUUCUGACUUAGGAAGCAUUAAUAGCCUCACAUCAACAACCACUCAAAGCCAAAUGAAUUAUGUCAAUAAUAAUUCAAUUAUGGAACACACAAAAGAGGAACAAAUUCAAUAUUCAUUGCAAAAUGAACAAGUUCAAUAUCACCAAUUCAUAAACCAAGAUAAUUUCCAACAACAAAAUAUGUUAAGUGAAGUUGCAUCUUCAAGCUCAUCUUCAUGUUCCUCUAAUUUAACAAGGUUAAGCUCGCCGAUUUCGCUAGCUCAAAUUAGUUCUAAUUCUAACUUUGAUUGGAGUGAGUUUCUUCAAAAUGACGACCCUUUUGUGUGGCAAGAAAUUCAAAAUAUUCAACAAACUGACAUACAAAGGGUAAUGUCGUCAUUGAGCCUCUCAGGAGGUUUAAUGCAAAAUGAAGGUGAAAUUUCCAAUAAUAAUAAAAACAAUUUCAAUGGUAAUGGAAAUGAUAAGCAAGGUGGUUCAAAUGAAAGUUUGGAAGGUGUUGCUUGUGUUGCAAGUAAAGAAUAUAAAGUUAAUAAGCAAUGUGAAGGAAAAUCAUUUUCAGGGAAGUCAUUUGUGGAUGGCAUUUUGGACAAGGAUAAUGAGAUAAGGGCAGCAUUUCCUGAAUUAUUGGAUGGUUCUUUUGAUUAUUAAGUGAUUGUGUCACACAUUGUUGGACUCAAUUAGGUGUUGCAUUUUAUUUUUUGUUAUGAUUUAGUUUCUUUAUAAGGGUGUUUCUUGGUAGUGAAUAAUUAUUUGAAGGUGUGAUUUUAUAUUUGAU